AAGUCUCUGCUGACGUCACGCGCAGGGAUAGGCUGCGUCACGUGGUACAACUUUCCAAACCUGUGUGUUUCCCGAAAAAAACAUAUAGAGAAACAAAAACCCCUUUGAUAGUGGGAAAGUCCUUGGGAUUUUCAUACAUCCGAUGAAGUUUUACACACUGAACUCAAGACCAAUGUAAGUCUUGCCCAGUCACCGCUUGUGAAAGGUAACCUACUGUAUGCUUAAGGAAGAGCGUAACAAUGGAGAUUGUUGUUUUUCUUAUUUUCUGCUGUUGAUGCAGAGUUGAGCAGUAGUGUAUGAUUACCCAAUCAGACAUCUAGUGCUUGAACAGGGAUAACUGCGUUCCCUGGAGGAAAUUCCUUUCAGCAUUGUCUCUGAAACAUGCACCACUACAACGAUGCCCCAGCAGGCUCGCUCGCCAGUCUUCACAGCUUGGUUGAGCACAGGGCCGAUUCUUUAUACUCCGAACCUUUUCCGCCACCUCCUCUGCCAGACCAACCACCAAUAGGCCCUGAGUUUGACCCCAGUGGCAGCGAGGACAACGGGGACUCUGCCAUUGACAUCAAACCCGUCCACCGUUUCAUCCCAGACUCAUGGAAAAACUUGUUCAGGUCCAGCAGUGGAAGCAGCAAGUUGAAGUCGAUGUUGGGAUCAAGCAGCAAAAACACGACGACUGACGGCGUUCGCUGUUCUCCGCCACACUCCCCAUCGGUUCCUGGCUCUUACCGCGACCCGUACGGUGGAUCCGGAGGCAGCUAUAACUCCCGUAAAGAGCGUGAAGCAAUGCUUUUAGGAAAUCCCGUUGAAUCAAUCGACGGCCGCACUGCGCACACAGCUUUGACUUACAGCGAAAAGGUAGAGGAGUACAACCAGCGUUACGCAUACAUGAAGUCUUGGGCUGGACUUUUACGUAUUCUCGGGUGCGUCGAGCUGCUUUUGGGGGCAGCCAUUUUUGCUUGUGUAUGUGCAUAUAUUCAUAAAGACAAUGAGUGGUAUAACACGUUUGGUUACUCGCAGCCUGGUGGCUUCUAUGGAGGAGGUUACGGAGGUUAUGGAGGCUCUUAUGGAAGCGGUUAUGGCAAUGCCAACUACUCUGGACCAAAGACACCGUUCAUCUUGGUGGUAGCAGGAUUGGCAUGGAUCGUGACCAUUAUCAUGCUUGUCUUGGGAAUGACCAUGUACUAUCAGACUAUACUUCUAGACUCAAGUUGGUGGCCUUUAACAGAGUUCGUCAUAAACCUUGCUCUUGCACUUCUGUUUUUGGCGGCCGGCUGUGUAUAUGUGAAUGACACCUUACGAGGCGGACUUUGUUACUAUCCGGUCUUCAAUAAUGGCAUCAAUGGUGCUUUCUGCCGCACCGAAGCAGGACAGACAGCUGCGAUAAUCUUCCUGUUUUUCACCAUGAUCGUGUACUUGGUUGGGGCCAUAGUGUGUCUGAAACUGUGGCGGCAUGAGGCAGCUCGGCGACUACGAGAACGACAUGGCCAGGAGAUGCAGCCAAGAGAUUCUCCUGCUGCGGUACAUUUGGUUGUUGAUGGUUCAAGAGAGCCAGUGUCUGUUUUAGCGCCGGUACAGAAAACACACACUGCCGUCUCCAAUCCUAAAGUUGUGAAAGGACACAUUCCAGCGGGACACACUCCUAAACCUGUGAUCAUGCCGGAUUAUGUUGCUAAAUAUCCAGCUAUUCGCACCGAUGAGCAGCGGGACCAGUAUAAAGCUGUGUUUAAUGACCAGUACUCCGAGUAUAAAGAGCUCCAUGUUGAAGUGCAGGCGGUACUCAAGAAAUUUGAUGAAAUGGAUGUCAUGAUGCAGAAUUUACCGCAAAACCCCACCAGCUACACGGAGCGCGACCGCAUCAACAAAAUCUUGCAGGAUUAUCAGAAGAAAAAGAUGGAUCCUUCAUUCCUGGAGAAGAAGGAAAGAUGCGAGUACCUGAAGAACAAGCUUUCCCACAUCAAGCAGAGGAUUCACGAAUAUGAUAAAGUGAUGGGCUGGAACGAUGGUUAUGGCUUACACUGAUGCCACUGAAUGCAAACCUGCUGCGACAGUCCUUCAUUUCCCCACUAGGAUGCUGAACAUUUACACCAGGGGUGUCAAACUCAAUUCCUGGAGGGCCGAAGCCCUGCACAGUUUAGUUCCAACCCUGCUCCAACACACUUACCUGUAGGUUUCAAACAAGCCUGAAGGACUCUAUUAGUUUGAUCAGGUGUGUUUAAUUAGGGUUGGAACUAAACUGUGCAGAGCUGCGGCCCUUUUGGAACCGAGUUUGACACCUGUGAUUUACACUGAGGAUACCUCCAGCAGUAAUGCAGUGAGGCAUCAAUAGCAUGCAUGCUCAUAAUCUACAUGCUGAGCACUGAAGAAGGCUCUUUUCUCUGCUGUAUUUCACUAUAUGCUGACUACAAGUAUAUGAAUGAGCUUUUUUAUUGGAACGUGUGUGUGUAUUCAGAACUGCUGUUUUUUAUUCGUUUAUCUGAAUGAUUUUAUGCACUGUUGAAUGAAUUGUCUGCGUUCUGAUCCGAUCGGAACAACAGCAUGUUGCUUUGCCCUUAUAUUUUCAGUAUUGUAAACGACGCGUUCAGUUGAGUUGAAUAUGAUAUGCAAAUGCUGUAAAGAGUGAAAACGUCUGUGCAUUUCAUGCUGAUUUGUUUGUAACUGAUUUUAUCUUUUAAUAAAAAAGAAAAAAGAAAGUCAA